AUGCCGGCCCAGGAUACGGCAUGGUCGGCAAAGGUUGACCCAGAAGCUCCGGAAACGUGCGCAGCGACGUGCCCGGUGAGCUCGACUCCAGCACUCGUCCUUUUCAACGAUGCCCGCACGGCCAUCCAAGAAAGCAUCUACGCCAUCCUUGGACACGGCAACUUCCAGCGGCGCCUGCUCUUCACCGCCAUGUUGUCCGUGGUGGUGCUGCUGCUACCCGCGUUCGCCCACUUCUUGAUCGGCCGCGACGUGUACCACUGGUGCCGGCCGCCGUACGAACUCAGCGGGAUGUCCAGAGAGGCGUCGAGGAACGUGGCCAUACCCCUUGAGGCUGACGGCAGCUUCAGCCAGUGCACCGUUUACCAGCCACCAUUGCCGACGCCGGAAAAUUCCGAAGAGACACGCCGCGUGGUGCCGUGCCGCAAGUGGGAUUACGACACCAGUGACGCCAGCGACAGCAUCGUGAGCCGGUGGGACCUCGUCUGCGAUAAGCGCUGGCUCCACAAGUUCACCACCAUUGCCAACAUGCUGGGAGCUGCAUUGCUCGUGCCGGCCGCCGGGUUCGUAUCCGACAGGAUCGGCCGCCAGCUGGUCAUCAUGGGCAGCGUGCUGUGCCUCCUGGCAUUUAGCGUAGCCUGCAGCCUGGCGCAGACAUUCGUCAUGUUCCUGGAGACCCGUUUCUGCAUCUCCGCGUCCAGCUGCUCGGUUCAGGUGCUGAUGUUCAUUCUCAUCUACGAAGUGACCGGCAACCAGAACCGGGCCACGUACGGCGUCCUGGACACAGUGGUGGGCACGACGCUGGUUCCACCGGCUUUGCACGUGCUGUCUUUGUUGGAGCCACAUUGGCUCACGGCACACUUGCUGCUGCUGGUGCCUACGUUGAUGCUGGUCCUCUGGUGCUGCCUCUUCGACGAGUCGCCCAGCUGGCUUCUCUGCACGGGACAGCCUCGCGUCGCGGAGAUAGCUGUCGUGGCAGCGGCGACUAGCAACGGCUUGAGCGCGGACAAGGCGCGAAAUUCCUUCAGAGCGCUCAGCUCUUCAGAGCGGUCUCAGCUCCAAAAGCAUGAGACCGCUAACUUAUACAUCAAGACCAUCGUGAGCACCGAGACGUUCCUGCAAGAGCCGGUUUUUCGCUGGGGUGUCCUGUCAGUGCUGCUGUCGUGGUUCAGCGUGAAUCUCGCCUACUACGGUCUCGUACUUCUGAACGCCACGACCGGCCACUUCUGGCGCAAGCUGCACAUGGUCGUCCAGGCGUUGCUCUACGCGAGUCUCUCCUGCUACAUCAGUAACCACGGACAGCGGGAGACGCUCUCUAUACUGCUCGCGUUUCUUUGUGCCUCCGCCGUCGCGCUUGCCGCCUCCUCUCUGGCGAUGGCGCCACCGCUUUCAUCCGCAGUCGGCGUCGUCGUCGAGAGCCUGGCGUCCGCUCCGCUUAGCGUCAACUACGGCUACAAGGCGGAGGUUUUCCCCACCACGAUACGGAGUUUGGGGCUCACCAUCUCGUAUGCGUUCGGCCGCAUGGAGGUGAUCACGGCCUCGGUCAUCGUGGUGCUAUGGGGCGGCCCCAGCGAAGCCGGCAUGCCGCUCGACGUGGCGGUGGCUUUCUUGGCUUUGUUGAGUGGUGUCUUCAUCCAGUGGCUGCCAGAAAUUUUCGCCGAAAAAAGGGAGCAUCAUCAUUAUCGGAGUGAAAGAGAACGCAAGGAAGCUAUACUGACUUCACUGUCGUCCACCAUCAAGCCAGCUAAGCGGUCCAAGCAAACUCGCCGAAAUCCUUCAGUAUCGCCCAGUUCGGCAACGUCGAAGGUCCAUACUUCAGGGAAUAGUCAGGCCAGUGGCCUGUAGGGUUGACAAGCCUGCAUUAAAAGAACAGAUUUUUAUAUUUCCAUAUCUUCCCCUAAAUAUUUUGGUUGAACGGCAGGUUGCUUUUUUAUUGAGUUCAUCUUUUGUGAAACUUUCUUGCGCACUGUGCACUGGUGUUCUUAUGGAACUACGAGACUGUUAUUGAUGAAAUGUUUUUUCUGGUAUACGUUGACUCCUGACAGACGAUUGCGUGUCAACGCAGAAGU